AUGUCGCAUAGGCUUAACGUGGACCCCAGCUACAAACCAGUGCGGCAGAAGAGGAGACCAAUGACUCCAGAGUGUUAUGCUGCCCUUAAGGAGGAGGUGGAUAAGCUCUUGGACAAUGGAUUCAUCAGAGAAGCCCAGAUUGACCAGCUCGUGGAUGCAACAGCAAGGCACCAGCUCCUCAGUUUCAUGGACACCUACUCAGGAUACAACCAGAUCCCCAUGAAUCCUAGCGAGGAGGAGCACACCUCAUUUAUCACCGAUUGUGGGUUGUACUGCUACAAAGUUAUGCCGUUCGAACUGAAGAAUCCUGGGGCCACCUACCAGAGGCUCGUGAAUACGAUGUUCGAAACGCAGAUUGGGAGAACAAUGGAGGAGCUACCACAUGAAACUAAAUCCACUGAAGUGCGCUUUUGGAGUGGCUUCCGGGAAAUUCUUGGGAUUCAUGGUCAACAACAGAGGCAUCGAGGCCAACCCGAAAAAAAUAAAGGCCUUGCUGGAUAUGAGAUCUCCCACAAAGAUGAAGGAUGUGUAGAGCCUUACCGGUCAGGUCGCUGCCCUGAACCGUUGAAGGCGUACAUGGGGCAAGCGCCGUUACUUUCAAAACCUAAGGAUGGGGAAAAAUUGGUCGUCUACCUGGGAGUGUCAGAGCACGCUCUUAGCGCAGCAUUGGUUCGGGAGGAAGAAGGGGGUGCAAUACCCCGUCUACUACGUCAGCAAGAGGUUGGUGGACACGGAAACAAGAUUUUGCAGAAACCAGACACUUUAGGUCGCCUGCUGAAAUGGGCGAUCGAGCUCGCUCAGUUCGACUUGGAAUACAAACCAAGGACGGCUAUCAAAGGACAAGCACUCGUGGAUUUCAUUGCUGAAUUCACUGGACCAGCCCAAGUGGGAGAAGAAGCCUCGGAAGGACUGUCCUGGGAGCUAUAUGUUGACGGAUCAUCAAGCGAUCAAGGAGCUGGGGCUAGAGUUAUGUUAAUCAGCCCAGAGGGCCACAGGAUCCUUUGUGCCCUACGAUUCGGUUUCCAAGCUACCAACAAUGAGGCCGAGUACGAGGCAUUGCUCGCAGGGCUACGCCUGGCAAAGGAGGUACAAGCCGAAGCAGUUGUAAUCUUCAGCGACUCCCAACUGGUCGUUAAUGAAAUACGGGGGGAAUAUCAAGUGAAAGGUGCAAAGAUGGCGGCAUACCUGCUCAAAGUACGCGAGCUUCUGGCCUUUCUCCCAAAAUUCGAGGUAUGCCAGAUUCCCCAUUCUCAAAAUUCCCAUGCAGACGCACUAGCUCGACUGGAAACUGCGCGAGAUGCAAAGUUCCUGGGGGCUAUACCAAUGGAAUUUCUAGCCGCCCCUAGCACGGAACAAUCGGCUGAGACGAUGGUGAUUGGCGCGCCCCAUGAUUCAUGGAUGAGUCCUAUUCUGGAGUAUCUACAGGGUGGAAAGCUGCCAAUAGAUAAACUCGAAGCGCACUGA